UUUUUAAAACGCUGGGGUUGUUGGAGUGGUUGAAUUUUUCCUGGAUUUGAGUGAGAAAUUCAGAAGACUGAAGCCCAGGCUCACUGUCUACCUUUCACGGAGGCCCAGCCGUGAGAGGACAGAAGAAGGCACGUGGCGAAUCAUGACAGCGGACAAAGAAAAAGACAAAGACAAAGAGAAGGACAGGGAUAGAGACCGGGAUAAGGAGCGAGACAAGAGAGACAAGGUGAGGGAGAGUGAGAACUCGCGUCCUCGACGGAGCUGUACAUUGGAAGGAGGUGCCAAGAAUUAUGCGGAAAGUGACCAUAGUGAAGAUGAGGACAAUGACAACAACAGUGCCACCACAGAGGAGUCCACAAAGAAGAGCAAAAAGAAACCACCCAAGAAGAAGUCCCGAUACGAGAGAACAGACAACGGUGAAAUAACAUCCUUUAUCACAGAGGAUGAUGUUGUAUACAGGCCUGGAGAUUGCGUAUAUAUUGAAAGUCGCCGGCCGAAUACCCCGUAUUUCAUCUGCAGCAUUCAAGACUUCAAACUGAGUAAACGGGACCACCUCCUUAUGAAUGUCAAAUGGUACUAUCGCCAGUCUGAAGUCCCAGAUUCAGUCUAUCAGCAUUUGGUUCAGGACAGACACAAUGAGAAUGACUCUGGACGAGAGCUUGUUAUUACAGACCCAGUUAUCAAGAAUCGAGAGCUCUUCAUUUCAGAUUAUGUUGACACUUACCAUGCUGCUGCCCUCAGAGGGAAGUGUAAUAUCUCCCAUUUCUCUGACAUAUUUGCUGCUAGAGAGUUUAAAGCCCGAGUGGAUUCAUUUUUCUACAUACUGGGCUAUAAUCCAGAGACAAGGAGGCUAAACAGUACCCAAGGUGAAAUCAGAGUUGGACCCAGCCAUCAGGCUAAGCUUCCUGAUCUGCAGCCGUUUCCUUCCCCAGAUGGUGACACAGUGACACAGCACGAAGAACUUGUGUGGAUGCCAGGAGUCAAUGACUGUGACUUACUUAUGUACCUUAGGGCAGCAAGGAGCAUGGCAGCUUUUGCAGGCAUGUGUGAUGGAGGAUCCACAGAAGAUGGUUGUGUUGCAGCCUCCCGUGAUGACACUACACUUAACGCACUCAAUACACUACAUGAAAGUAACUAUGAUGCUGGAAAAGCCCUGCAGCGCUUGGUGAAGAAACCUGUGCCAAAACUGAUUGAGAAGUGUUGGACUGAAGAUGAAGUGAAACGUUUUAUUAAGGGGUUGAGGCAGUACGGCAAGAACUUCUUCAGGAUCCGAAAGGAGUUGCUUCCAAAUAAGGAGACUGGAGAACUAAUCACCUUCUAUUACUAUUGGAAGAAAACCCCUGAAGCAGCAAGUUCUCGAGCCCACCGUAGGCAUCGAAGACAGGCUGUGUUUCGGAGAAUUAAAACUCGAACCGCUUCCACUCCAGUCAACACUCCCUCCAGGCCCCCCUCCAGUGAAUUCUUGGACUUGAGCUCGGCCAGUGAAGAUGACUUUGACAGCGAGGACAGUGAACAGGAACUGAAGGGCUACGCCUGUCGUCACUGCUUCACAACCACCUCCAAGGACUGGCACCACGGCGGUCGAGAGAACAUUUUAUUGUGCACUGAUUGUCGCAUUCACUUCAAAAAAUACGGAGAGCUGCCACCCAUUGAGAAGCCUGUAGACCCUCCACCCUUUAUGUUUAAGCCUGUCAAAGAGGAAGAUGAUGGACUUAGUGGAAAGCAUAGCAUGAGGACAAGGCGGAGUCGAGGCUCGAUGUCUACACUACGUAGUGGUCGUAAAAAGCAGCCAGCCAGCCCUGAUGGUAGAGCCUCACCUAUUAAUGAAGACAUCCGUUCCAGUGGCCGCAACUCUCCUAGCGCUGCCAGCACCUCCAGUAAUGAUAGCAAAGCAGAUUCCGUGAAGAAGUCUACCAAGAAGAUAAAAGAAGAGGUAUCUUCUCCUCUCAAGAACUCCAAGAGGCAGCGGGAAAAGGCAGCUUCUGACACAGAGGAACCUGACAGGUCCAAUGCCAAAAAAUCCAAAACUCAAGAGAUCAGCAGGCCAAACUCUCCCUCAGAGGGUGAGGGCGAAGGUGAGAGCUCUGACAGCCGCAGUGUCAAUGACGAAGGGAGCAGUGAUCCCAAGGACAUUGACCAGGAUAACCGGAGCACGUCACCCAGCAUCCCUAGCCCUCAAGACAAUGAGAGUGACUCGGAUUCAUCUGCUCUUGUCCGGGAGGCUCCUCCUCCUACGCCACCUAUAUCAGCCCAGUUACCAGCAUCGCUGCCAGCAGUGUCGAGUGCUACUUCGGCUCCACCACAGGUCUCUCCAUCAGCAUCCCAGCCCCCUAGCCAGCCCCAGGCCUCUGCGCCACCACCUCCUCAUUCUCACAUACAGCAGGCCCCAGCUUUGCACCCGCAGAGACUCCCAUCACCCCACCCGCCUCUGCAGCCUUUGAGCGUGUCGCAGACCCAGCCGACCCCUGCCUCUUCACAGCCUCACUCGCAGGCUCCGCUCCACAGUCAGGCCCAGCCUACCCCUCACAGCCUGCAGGCCCAGCCCCUCCUGCCUCAUCCGGUACCUUCCCAGCCAUUUUCCCUCCCCACUCAGUCACCUCAGUCUCAGGUUACCCUUCAGACACAAGCACCGUCUCAUUCUCACUCUGCUCUCCAGGUUCAGGUAACGCAGCCUGUCCUGCCAACCGCAACCUCACUGCAGCAGGCUCAGCCACCACGGGAGCAGCCGUUGCCCCCUGCACCCAUGGCCAUGCCUCAUAUCAAACCUCCCCCUACUACCCCAAUCCCUCAGCUCCCCACUGCUCCAUCCCACAAGCACCCUCCUCAUCUCUCUGGCCCUUCUCCAUUCUCAAUGAACUCCAACUUGCCUCCACCACCUGCUUUAAAACCUCUGAGCUCCCUCUCAACUCAUCAUCCUCCAUCUGCACACCCUCCUCCUUUGCAGCUGAUGCCUCAAAGCCAACCACUGCAGUCUUCGCAAGCCCAGCCUCCUGUACUGACACAGAGUCAGAGCCUUCCCCCACCUGCUAAUCACCCCCCAUCUGGACUCCAUCAGGUAUCCUCCCAGCCCCCCUUUUCUCAGCAUCCAUUCGUCCCAGGAGGCCCACCUUCCAUCACCCCUCCUUCUUGCCCCUCCACUUCCACACCACCCAGUGUGCCGGGCAUCCCACUUCAGACUUCCAUCUCCACAUCAGCAGCUUCUAGUGGAAACGUGCCAGUGGUGACAGCCUGCACGCUACCACCUAUUCAAAUCAAAGAAGAAGUCCCAGAUGAAGCUGAGGAACCGGAAAGCCCUCCCCCUCCACCCAGAAGUCCAUCACCAGAACCUACUGUGGUGGAUACACCAAGUCAUGCUAGUCAGUCAGCCAGGUUCUAUAAGCACCUGGACCGUGGCUACAAUUCAUGCUCAAGAGCAGACUUAUACUUCAUGCCUCUGGCAGGAUCGAAACUGGCCAAGAAGAGAGAAGAGGCCAUUGAAAAGGCCAAAAGAGAAGCAGAGCAGAAAGCCAGAGAAAGGGAGCGGGAGCGUGAAAGAGAAGCGGAAAGAGCUGCGCAGAAGGUAUCCAGCUCCUCCCAUGAAGGCCGUCUUGGAGAGUCUCAGCUCAGCGGGCCAGCACACAUGAGACCUUCAUUUGAACCUCCACCGACAACCAUUGCUGCUGUGCCACCUUACAUUGGUCCAGAUACACCUGCUUUACGAACACUAAGUGAAUAUGCCCGUCCUCAUGUCAUGUCGCCAACAAACCGUAAUCAUCCCUUCUUUGUCCCCCUAAACCCCACUGAUCCACUUCUGGCCUACCAUAUGCCUGGCCUCUACAAUGUGGAUCCCACCAUUCGGGAACGAGAGCUGCGAGAGCGGGAAAUCCGGGAGCGAGAAAUCCGGGAAAGGGAGUUGAGAGAGAGGAUGAAACCUGGCUUCGAGGUGAAGCCCCCAGAGCUAGAUGCACUGCACCCAGCUACCAACCCCAUGGAGCAUUUUGCCAGGCACGGUGCACUGACUAUUCCCCCAACAGCAGGACCUCACCCAUUUGCUUCCUUCCAUCCGGGUUUGAACCCCCUUGAAAGAGAGAGACUUGCACUGGCAGGCCCACAGUUACGGCCUGAAAUGAGCUACCCUGACAGACUGGCAGCAGAGAGAAUACAUGCUGAGCGGAUGGCAUCGCUGACAAAUGACCCAUUGGCACGGCUCCAGAUGUUCAACGUUACGCCUCACCAUCACCAACAUUCGCACAUACACUCGCAUUUACACCUACAUCAGCAGGAUCCCUUACAUCAAGGUGAGCCCAGGGAAAUGNNNCCGCUGGUGGAUCCUUUAGCAGCCGGACCCCAUUUGGCACGUUUUCCCUACCCACCUGGGACCAUCCCCAACCCAUUGCUAGGGCAGCCACCUCAUGAGCAUGAAAUGCUCCGACAUCCAGUCUUUGGUACUCCUUAUCCACGAGAUCUGCCUGGUGCCAUUCCACCUCCUAUGUCAGCAGCCCACCAACUGCAGGCCAUGCAUGCCCAGUCAGCAGAGCUGCAAAGACUGGCAAUGGAGCAGCAGUGGUUGCAUGGGCACCCUCACAUGCAUGGUGGUCAUCUACCGAGUCAGGAAGAUUAUUACAGUCGACUGAAGAAAGAAGGCGACAAACAGUUGUAAUAAAUUAUUUAUUUGUAAUGCUGGCUAUGGAAACCCCAGUCCUUGGGAAGGAGUGGAACAUUUUUACAUACAAUAAGAGCUACAAAAGGAAAAGAAUAUCUUAUAAAGAUUUCUUUAUAUAUUUAAAACAGAAACAACCACCCAACAAGUAGAGACUUAUCAGCAUAGUGUUCAUUUGUAGAGAAGAUUUCUCAAGACUGGUGUGGGUCUCCCUGCAUGACAACGUAUUCAGAAGCCUAUUGAAAAUACAGGACUGUGUGGAGUAUUCAGAGAACUUCCUGCAAUCUUGGUUUUUUUUUUUUCUUACUAGUUUGUUUUGAGUAGGUGCUAGAAUCAGGUUCACAACACAAGUCACUGUGCGUGAAAAGACACUCAAUGCAUCUAUAGCUAUUUAAAAAAAAACAAGGAUUGCAAGUAGGUGACGUAACAAGCUCUGAAUCCAAGUGCUAUAAUAAUAAAAAUCUACUUUUAUUUUAAUACAUUGUAGGAAAUCUUCAUAAUUUUAAACAGAGCUCAGUUCUGCAGCAUGGCUUUUUAAGUCUGUAAAUAACUUUUUUGGGUAGAGGGGAGAAACAAAACAAAACAAAACUCCAGAAACGUUUAUCUUGAUUUUCAGUAACAUCACAAAUUGUGAAUUCCUACCUGGUAUUGACAGAAUACAGAGUUGAUUUUUUAAUAAAAUAUAUAUAUAUAAUUAUCCCUUUAAUUAAAGGGAAUGAUGGGUAUCAAUAAUUUCAAAUGGGUAAAAGCUUGAAAUUUGGUUUGAUAUCAACAAUAAGCAUUAAAGGGAGUUGCAGGGAUAAUGUUGCAAAUGACUGUUUCUGUUCUUGGUUUUUUGGUUUGUUUGGGUUUGUUGGGGUUUUUUGUUAGUGUUACAUCUCUCUGUUCUGCAGAUGAUUUCUGUUGAGUUGGGUUUCUCAGCAGUACAGGUGUCCCUUGGAACUAGCUUACCCUUUUGAUGCCUACUUCAAGGGUUAAUUUUCAGUGUGGCCAUAAUACACUUCUUUCCUAUUACCUUUUGAAACUUAAUCUAACUACAUUGGUUUUAGACUUUAGGCAAAGGUUCAAAGAAAUAAUCUGUUCUAAAAUCUCUUUUUAAGAAUGUUCCGUGGCUCAAACUGGUACAGCCCGAAUUUUGUAUGCAUGUGCAUAUUUUUGGAGGACAUGCUCUUUCUGGCCUCUUACGUUUGAUAUGUUCUUAAGAAAAGUGGAUAGGCAACUCGGUGUUCUUAAAGUUGUUUUGCAAAGACCAGUCUGUAUUUCUCUUUGACUGUUUUAGUUUUGUUUUUGUAAGCAACAACUUUUUAAUUGCCACCAGUGUUCUGUAUCUCAGGAACUUACUGCUUUGGGAUUAACCAUGGACAGUAACAUUUACAACAGGUCCACACAGAAUAACUCCUGUUGGCUAGUUCCCAUGUGGAUGGUAAAAGGAGAGGAAUACACAGAAGGCCAGUGAGCAUUAUUUUGGAGACAGCUCUGCUUACUGUCUAGGCAGAUUUUAUUUUUUUCUUCACUGUUUUGCCGUGGGUUUUCUUUGCCAGAGCAGAGGGUGAUGCAACCAAUGGACAUCUGAAUCUGCUGGCCAUUUUUUCUGCUGGUGCAUAACUUCCCCCCAUUCUCUCUCUUAGCUCACGAGUGCGCUCUCUCUGCUGUUGUAAACUGUUCGGUGUGAUGGUUGUGUCAUAGGACCGUACUGAGCCAUGUUUGAUAAACUUGUAGUUAAUCAUACAUUCUGAUGGAAGGCAUGGCAUUCACAGUGCUUUAUCCUCCUCGUGGGUCUCAAAACAGUGUCAGCGUUAGUGCCCAAAGAUUACUGUCAGACAGUUAGUAACAUAAAUUUACCAAUUAAAAAUUAUGCAUCGGGGUAUUCUAGGUCCACUUAAGGCAGGAGUGUAUAGAAGAGAGAGGAGGACUAUUUCAGCUGAUGUUGAUCUUCCUUUUUUUUCUGUCCUCCAUUCCAGAUUUCUCAGUGCUAAAGAACUGCAAUAGUGUUUAAUCAGUUCCAUCUGCUAUAUUUGAACUCUCUGUGAAGGUAUUAGGAGGAACAGCUAGUGUUUCUGAGAUUUGGAAACCAUGAGGUCAAUCUAGAGUCGAGGAUGGUAAAGUCUUCAGUCAAUGCCUUCAGUCGCUGUCUGCAGUGAUCAGGUGAAAUGGUUUUCUUCUGAGUAACUUUUUUUACCUUUGCUAACAGUGGAGUAGCUAGUAAGAUCGGUCUGCUCAGCAGAGAGAGUGCCUCAGUUUACUUUAAAGGUCUAAUUAGGCACAUUUCAGUUAAACCUCCCCUCCUUGUUUUUACCAUGUGGAAUUUGGGAGUUUGGGGGAGUUCAGCCACUUCAGCCAUUUCUUCUGAUCCUUCUCUUUUGCUGUUAUUUUUAGCUAUAGUUCUUCUUAAGGAAAAAAAAAAAAGCUAAUUGCCUCCCAUGGUUCUCUGUAUUUUUUUUUUAGCUGAAGUUUGCAGUCUGUUCAAAAGCUAUUCAUUGAUCCCUUUUUUUGUUUUUCUUUCUUCAGAAGAGCAUUCUGAUAAUUUGUGGGAGUUUUUUUGUUCACAUCAUUCAGCAAAUAAGCACUGAAAUUCUUCCAUUUUAGACCAGUGAUUAACUACAACUUUACAUGCAGUGGUUUUUGAAGCCAUCUUGGUGUUCGAUGCCCUGUUAAAACAACCCAGACCUUUUGAUUUUCUUUAAGAAAUCUCUCUUAUUUUUCCUCUGUUUUGAAAGUUUAUUUUUUAAUUUUGCUUUAGUGUUUUUGAAAUGUCUCUCUUGUUCUAUGUCGUCAUGGUUGAGCUUGUUUCACUGCACCGUUAAAGCAGAGUGUACAUUCUGACUGCUACAUUUAUAUAUAUCUUGAAGCUUAAUGUAUAUAUGAGUAGUUUGCCAUGGGAUAACACAGUGUAAACAGAGUAGAAACCCAGAAAUCGUGACUUCUGUGUUCUCUCCAUUUGAGUAUUUUGUAAUUUUUUUGAAAUAUUUGUGGACAUAAAUAAAACCAAGCUACACUACAGCAGCCAGGUUUUGCCUGCAA